AUAUACAAUAUGCCGAAGGGGCCAAACUUCCCGGGUGGCUUCCGCUUACCCCGCUUUAAAUUGCCAAUUAACACCGUCACACAAAUCCUGGUUAGCCCACCCGGGCAAAAAGAAUUGAAGAAAUUGACGAAGAGGGCAUCUAAGUGCGUGCGGUCGAUGUACUACGCAAUGAACGGGAAUAUUGUGGCCAUCAUAACAGUCGUAGUCGUGGUCAUGCUGAGCUUCCUCCUCCCCGAUCUCACGCAGAAACUCCACGCCAACCCUCACGAGCUCAAAUCCAUGAGAAAAGUCUUGGACAAAAUGUCUAACGAAGUGAAACGCGCAGAAGCAGCAUGUCUGACGGUUGCAGAUGAGAUCUGUAACCUACAAUGCAACAUGCAUGAUGACACCACGGAAACUUCAAAGCAAAGAGUGCAAGACCUGUCAGUCUGCACCAGCCAUUGCAUGCGAACUACACAGUCGGAGCCGGCCCACGUUGACAAAAAAAUGGGUUUCUUUCGGCGUAUUUUCUUCCCCAAUAGAAACGCAUCUCACAAGGAAAUCACGCUUAUGUCGUACCUGUACACAGACUCAUUCGACGGAAAAGCAAGUGAGCAGCCGCAAAUAAGCCCCAACUUGUGA